AUGUUCAGGGCCGGAGCAAGCGUAUUUGCAAGGGGAGGGGCGAAACUCAGUGUGCCACCACCACCGCCUCGUUUUUAUUAUGCUACUACCGAACAGGAAGUGAUAAUGUCAGGAGCAAUGAUGACGAGCAUCGCGCAAACGACUUUACUCAAACGCCAACAAAUCAUUUUCAAACCUGGGAUCGUGGCUGUUACUAUCUGCAACGACAACCUCAACAACAUCAACAAAAACAACAUCAUCAAAAACAACGACAUUAUUAUCAUCAACUACCGCAACUUUAUCAACAACAACAACUACUACAAAAUAAUUUUAUUUCACCACAGCAGCAACAGCAUUAUCAUCUUCAACAACAACAUCAUCAACAACAACAACAACAACAUCAACAACAUCAACAACGUCAACAACAACAACAACAAUUACGAGAACAAUUGUUUCGGAGCACGUGUGAAAAUUUUGCGAGAGAGCGCGAAAGAAGGAACAUUCCUCUGA